UCAUUUCCUGAAAUACCCAAAACUUCAACAGAAUGGCUUCAGUUAAAAGAUUUUCAGCCCGUUCACUUCUCCUAAUUCACAACUGAAGAAUGCGGGCCAUUGAACUUCACCUGCUUCUUUGGUUGACUGCAGUGACUUUAUCAUCAGAGGAUGAAGGUCUCUUAACGGCAACAGUGACACUGAGGGAUCAGAGGGAUCCUGUGUACGUUGGAGAAGAUGUGACUCUGAUCUGCAGCAUUGAGGGUGGUUAUACAGGCUGGAAAUAUCAUUGGGAAAAAGAUCAUCAGACAGGGUGGAUAAAAAGCAAUGAACACACGGUGACGAUCUCGUCUGUGACUGCGUCUGACGGUGGACAGUACCGGUGUAUUGCCUACAGAGAUGACCUCCAUGCUGUUGUUUAUGUCUCCACUGUCAGUAAUUAUUUUACACUGAGUGUUCAUGAUCUUUUAAAGGCGACACUGAGGCUAAAGAAUCCGAGGGAUCCUGUGUUUGUUGGAGAAGACGUGACUCUGAUCUGCAGCAUUGAGGGUAAACAUACAGGUUGGACAUAUCACUGGUACAAAGAUAAUCAGACAGGCUGGAGAAGAAGCCAUGAAAACACAAUCUCGCCUGUGACUGUGGCUAACAGCGGACAGUACCAGUGUGAAGCCUACAGAGAUGACCGCCCUUCUGUUCCUGUCUCCACUAUCAGUAAUGCUGUUACACUGAGAGUUCAAGAAAGACAGGCCACACUUACAAUUACCUCAAACCGUACAGGAAAACAAAUCUUUGAAGGGGAUGAGGUCAAAAUGAUGUGCAAAGUUGAUGGAAAUCCAGUUAACUGGAAAUAUGAGCUGUACAAGACUGGAGACACAUACCCUUAUAAAGAGCAAAUGAAGAAGACGUUUACCAUCAGCCGUGUGACUCCAUCAGACAGUGGAGAGUACAAGUGUCGAGCCGUCAAAGACGAUCUUCUCUCAAGAUUUAGUGAACCUGUGCAGCUACAAGUGUCAGUGGUGACUACAGUGACUACGGUGACGACCUCAAAAUCAAAUUCAGUUUUAGAUACGUUUACUAUUAUAAUCAUUGUAAGCCUCGUUCUGGCCCUUCUCAUUUUUCUACUGGGACUUCUGCUCUGGGUUUACCACAAGAAAAAAGGUUUACCGUGCCUUGUGAGUAAGAAGAGCAGAAUAAAUGAGAACAGCAAAGAAGAGAUUACUGUGCAAAAGGAGCAAGAAGACGCCUCCCACCAUUAUCAGUCUAUCGUUGAGAUGGAUCCUGUCAAAAAGGCAGGACAAGAUGAAGUCACUUACUCAGAGUUGGUGCACCUUCCAAAGAAGAAGAAACAAGGAACGUCCCCUGUGAGCAGCAGCGAUGCAGGAGUCUACUCAGAGGUCAGAAUCUCGGACCGUUCACGUUUAACUGACUGAUCUCUCAUUUAUAUGACACUGUAUGCUGGCGUAUAUCUUUCCCCAGUGCAGUCUGUUUUAACUUCAACUUUUAUUAUAUCCAAGGGCACUAGGAAGAUGUUUUUUUUCCCUCAUAAGAUAUGGAAGGAAAGCUCUUAGAGGGAUAGCAAAUACUAAGUGAUUUUAUACUGAAAAACACAGAUGUGUCAAUGAAUCAAUGUGAAAACAGGUCAUAUGGUGCAAUGUUGCAAUGAAAAACAGUGCAAGAAGGAUCAAAUGAAGUGUUAUUUUUAUCAUACAAAAUAUGUUAAUUUUUUAUAGAAUGUGUUUGCUUGUUCUUUACUCAUUUGGAAAAGUGUGAAAUAAAUACAACCAAAACUA